AUGGAUCCUCUCACGGCGCUGCGCAAGCAGACGGAAGCCAAGCAAGCCGAGCGUGCGGAGGCCGUGCCUGUGGCGACAGCGGUGCCGCUGCCCGCAGGCUAUGCCAGCGCUCCCGCCGCUGCCGCCGUUGCGGUGGCCACCACCGUGACGGCCCCCCCUGAAAAAGCCGCGGCCAGCGCCAGCGCCGUGCCACCGCCCGUGGAGCCAGCGCCGCCGGCCCUCGCUUCCUUCCUGGCCCCGGCCACGGCGGCCACGGGCUCCUCGGCAGGCUCCGGCGCGUCGCCUCCGAGGCCCACUUUCGAGGGCACGCUGGCGGGGGAGCACGUGGUGGAGCAGGUGAAAUCCUGCAGUUUGCUGGUGCAGAACCCCUUCUGCGAAGUCGCCGGCCGCCUCCAGAUGACGCCCUACCGCCUGAAGUUCAUGAUCCCUAAGGGAAGCCUCAGGAAAGAGCUCCAGUGGAUGCGAGAGGCGAAGUACUUCGACGUGCCCUUCGGAGCCGUGGAGAGCGCCAAGGAGGAAACCUCCACGUCCACGGCUGGGCAGACGGUGUACAAGCUGACCAUCACAACGAAGGACCUCCGCGUCCUCUGCUUCUUCAUGCCGACGGAUGCGGAGAUGCGCCUGGUCUCUGAAGCCGUGGCGGCCUUCGGCUGUCCGGGCAACCCGGCCAUGCUCUUCGCCACGAAGCAUUUCGAGGCCUUGAAGAAGGAGGGGGCGCUGGAGGUGCCCGACAGCGGGUGGUGUUUCUAUGACCCCAUCCAGGACUUCGCUCGCAUGGGCAUCGACACCGAGCUCAUUCCGAACCCGCA